GUGCUCCUUACGGCCAAACCAUCUUCCCAGUGCCAGAGCUGGCUUCACUUUGUUUUUCUAUAAAGACAGGGGCUCUCUGUGUAGCUCUGGCUGCUCUGGAGCUCGCUCUGUAGACUACUCUGACCUCAAACUCAGGCUUGCCUCUGCCUCCUGAAGGCUGUGAUAAGGCAUGCACCACCACAGCCCAGCUCAUAACUGGCUUCUUCUCUGGUUGAAAUAGUACUUCCUUCAAAGAGUUUUGCUGAGAAGCUUGCCCUCCCUGGUGGUUUCUCAGCAGAUUCUUGUGUGAGCAGCAGGAGGGGAGAAACCUGUGUCUGCCAUCUUCCCUGGUGUCUGAGUGAGUGAAAUGGAGUAGACACUGAGGAACUGUGACUUUGAGUCGCUGUGAGGCCUCAAAAAUCGAUCUUCUUACCACAGUGCCUUCCUCCACCCAUCCCCAGUGCCAGGCUGCCAUGUCUUGCGCCAGAAACUGGGAGUGCUCCGACUCACCUCCCUCUACUCACACCCAGCUCAGCCACCUACCCACGCAGCACCUCCUCCCAGCCACGCCCUUUGCAACCCCUCCCCGGUGCCUGUGGUGACUUAGGCAGCUCCCUUACAGCCCCAGACUCAGUGCCAUGCUAUGGGGAGACUGAAGCCCUGGGCCCGCUACCUGCUCCUGAUUGUAGCCCACCUGUUGGCCAUGGGCCUCGGGGCUGUGGUGCUCCAGGCCCUGGAGGGUCCUCCAGCACUGCAACUCCAGGCCCAGCUCCAGGCUGAGCUGUCUACCUUCCAGGCAGAGCACAGGGCCUGCUUGUCACCUGAGGCGCUGGAGGAGCUGCUAGGUGCAGUCCUGAGGGCACAGGCCCAUGGAGUUUCCAGCCUGGGAAACAGCUCAGAGGAAAGCAACUGGGAUCUGCCCUCAGCUCUGCUGUUCACCGCCAGCAUCCUCACCACCACCGGUUAUGGCCAUAUGGCCCCACUGUCUGCGGGUGGAAAGGCCUUCUGUGUGGUCUAUGCAGCCCUCGGGCUGCCAGCCUCCCUAGCUCUUGUGGCUGCCCUGCGCCACUGCCUGUUGCCUGUGUUCAAUUCUCCAGCUACCUGGGUAGCUGUUCGGUGGCAGCUGGCAGCAGCCCAGGCUGCCCUGCUCCAAGCAGCAGGACUGGGGCUCCUGGUGGCCUGCGUCUUUGUACUGUUGCCAGCCCUGGUGCUGUGGGCUAUGCAGGGUGACUGCAGCCUGCUGGAGGCCAUCUACUUCUGCUUUGGCUCCCUCAGCACUAUCGGCCUAGGGGACUUGCUGCCCGGCCGUGGGCGUGGCCUGCAUCCAGCCAUUUACCACCUUGGACAGUUCGCACUUCUUGGUUACUUGCUCCUGGGGCUCCUGGCCAUGCUGUUAGCGGUAGAGACCUUCUCAGAACUGCCACAGGUUCGUGCCAUGGUGAAAUUCUUUGGCCCCAGUGGCUCUAGAACAGAUGAAGACCAAGAUGGCAUCCUAGGUCAAGAUGAGCUGGCUCUGAACACCAUGCCUCCUGACCCCCCGGCACUGGAACAAACCAUUCCAGCACCAACACCAGAACAAACCCCAGCCUGCUGAUACAAAUCAGGUGGCGAAUCUUCAGCUCACAUACCUCACGUACACUGGAGGCCCUUGAACGGGAGGCCCUGAGGAGAGCUUGGGGAGCAGAGCAGGAAGUGGUUGUGGGUACAGGAUGUCAGGGGAUAAUGUUAAUUUAAAACAUUAAACGGGACACUUAGUUAGCAUGCACCAAGAGGCUCUGGGCUCAGUCUGUGUGGGAACACAGUUGAAAGUAUGAAUACAUAUACAUCAACCAAAAAAAAAAAACCUAGUGUGGGUGUGUGCACUCACACGUGGAGGCACAGGGCAUUUUUGGAGGUCAAAGGACCACUUUGUGGAUUUUGUUCACUCCUAUCCACCUUCAGGUGGUUCCAGGGAUUGAACUCAGAUCCUCGAGCUUGCCCAACAAAUGCUUUUAUCCACUGGGCUAUCUGAAUGACCCAUUUCAUUUUUUCCCCUUUAGAAUGAUGUAAACCAGGCUGGCCUUGAAUCCACAGAGAUCUGCCUCCCCAGUGCUGGGAUUAUAAAUAUGUGCCAUGAGGGGCUGGAGAGAUGGCUCAGUGGUUAAGAGAACUGGCUGCUCUUCCAGAGGACCUGGGUUCAAUUCCCAGCACCCUCAUGGCAGCUCACACGGUAACUCCAAGAUCUGAUACUCUGACACCCUCACACAGACAUAUGUGCAGGCAAAAACACCAAUGAACAUAAAAACAAACAAAUCUUAAAAAGAAAGAAAAAAAUAUGAGCUGGGAGGUGGCGCACACUUUUAAUCCCAGCACUUGGGAGGCAGGGGCAGGCAGGUAUCUGUGAGUUCGAAGCCAACCUGAUCUACAGAGCUAGUGUCAGGACAGGCUCCAAAGCUACACAGAGAAACUGGGGGGCGGAGAGGGGCAGGGAAGUGCCACCACCAACAUAGUCAAGGCUGGCCUUGAAUUCCUGCUCUUUCUACCUACACCAUCACCCCAAAUACUGGAUUUAUUAUAGCUGUUUAUCAUCACCAUGCCUGU